UGGGGAUCCUCGGGCGUUCGCGCUACACGUACCACAGGCCACCCGCUGGAAAGAGACCUUCCUCCCUGGGGAGCGGGAGGAAGCGUCCAGGCCCCUGAGGGCGGGGUUUGCAGCACCUGAGGUCGCCAUGGCUAACGAGCCCGAGACCCCUGUGGCCGCCUCGGCUGCGGAGCCCGCGGUGCCGUCGCUUGUGGAUCGUUACUUCACUCGCUGGUACAAAGCGGAUGUCAAAGGAAAACCCUGUGAGGAGCACUGUAUACUACAACACUCUAACCGAAUAUGUGUCAUCACACUGGCAGGAUCCCAUCCAGUUCUUCAAAGUGGAAAAGCAAUUAAAAGCAUUUCCUAUCAAAUCAGUACCAAUUGUAGCGGACUUCAGAACAAAGUCUCUGGGAAAUUUAAGUGGGGGGCACAGAUUCUAACAGAACUUGCACCUCUGUGUAAGAUUUACUGCUCUGAUGGAGAAGAAUACACCAUAUCUAGCUGUGUUAGAGGGCAGUUGAUGGAAGUGAAUGAAAACAUUCUCCAUAAGCCAUCUAUUCUUCAAGAGAAGCCAUCCACCGAAGGAUACAUUGCAGUUGUGUUGCCCAAAUUUGAAGAAAGUAAAAGCAUAACAGAAGGGUUACUGACACAAAAACAGUAUGAAGAAGUCAUGGUGAAAUGCAUCAAUGCCACAACAGCCACCUCAUGAGGAUUAAGAUUGAGUAAAAACAACUGGGCAUUCUUAUCCUUACCUGGCCUACCAGUCAGUGCACUAAGGAAGAACCAGAGAUGCUGAAAUGUACUUCACACCCAGCCAUCCGCAGGGAGGCCUGAUCUUAAAACCUGACCUAGGUUU